CACAACCAGCAGAAGCUGAAACAACCAGCCUCGCCGCCGCCUCAGACGCCAUCGCAACUAACUUCUCUCGGCCGCGGCCCCGCUAUUUCUUUACCUGAAACCCUGGCGCAGAAGAUAGGAAAAUCCAUCCGCCGUCCUGGCGCCCCAUCCAAGGCUCGGAUCUAUACCGACGUCAAUGUUAUCCGCCCCAAGGAGUAUUGGGACUACGAGUCUCUUACAGUUCAAUGGGGGGAGCAAGAUGAUUACGAGGUGGUGAGGAAGGUAGGAAGAGGGAAAUAUAGCGAGGUGUUCGAGGGAGUGCACACCAACAACGAAAAAUGCAUUAUCAAAAUCCUUAAACCUGUAAAGAAAAAAAAGAUUAAAAGGGAGAUUAAAAUAUUGCAGAAUCUUUGUGGCGGGCCAAAUAUUGUGAAGUUGCUGGAUAUUGUUAGAGAUCAGCAAUCAAAGACACCAAGCCUUAUAUUUGAAUAUGUGAAUAAUACAGAUUUUAAAGUGCUUUAUCCUACACUUUCAGACUUCGAUAUUAGAUAUUACAUCCAUGAACUUCUAAAGGCUUUAGAUUACUGCCAUUCUCAAGGUAUCAUGCAUCGGGACGUGAAACCUCAUAAUGUCAUGAUUGAUCAUGAGCAGCGGAAACUUCGGCUUAUAGAUUGGGGACUUGCGGAGUUUUACCAUCCUGGUAAAGAGUACAACGUUCGUGUUGCUUCUAGGUUUGCUAUUUUCCCUCCAAUUUAGUUUUUCUUCUAUAGGCCAUGCGAUCUUGUUCUUUUUUCCUUUUUUCCCCAUCCAAUACAGUUUUGUACCCAACUUCUUAGAUAAAAAUUUGUAGUUGUUAACUUGACAUCUGACACACACUUCCAUUUUAGACAGCUUUGAGGAUUUCUCAUUAAGUUUUCUAGGAUGAAAUUGACACUGGGUUUUGAUA